GGUUCACUCGUCACACCUCGCUCUCUCCACCUCUUAAUCCCUACCUUUCUCCCGCCUCCUCCCUCAAUCAUUCGAUAUGGAUCCAGUGAACGCUUGGGGCAAUUCUCCCCUAAACACCGUGGACCCUGAAAUCCACGACUUGAUUGAGAAGGAGAAGCGCCGCCAGUGCACCGGGAUCGAGCUCAUUGCCUCCGAGAACUUCACCUCUUUCGCUGUAAUUGAGGCCCUUGGCAGUGCACUUACAAACAAGUACUCUGAGGGCAUGCCCGGUAACCGUUACUACGGUGGCAAUGAGUUUAUUGACGAGAUCGAAAACCUCUGCCGUUCCCGCGCUCUUCAAGCUUUCCAUCUCGAUCCCACCAAAUGGGGUGUUAAUGUCCAGCCUUACUCCGGUUCUCCGGCUAAUUUCGCAGCCUACACUGCCGUUCUUCAGCCCCACGAUAGGAUUAUGGGGUUGGACCUUCCUUCCGGUGGUCAUUUGACUCAUGGCUACUAUACCUCUGGUGGCAAGAAAAUCUCCGCUACCUCGAUUUACUUUGAGAGCUUGCCUUACAAGGUUGAUUCUCAAACUGGGUACAUUGAUUAUGCUAAGUUGGAGGAGAAGGCAUUGGAUUUUAGGCCCAGGUUGAUUAUCUGUGGUGGCAGUGCUUACCCGAGGGACUGGGAUUACGCUAAGUUCAGGUCUGUUGCGGACAAGUGCGGUGCGCUGUUGCUUUGCGAUAUGGCUCACAUUAGUGGUCUUGUAGCUGCUCAGGAAGCUGCCAAUCCCUUUGAGUACUGUGAUAUCGUCACAACCACUACCCACAAAAGCUUGAGGGGUCCCAGGGCUGGUAUGAUCUUCUACCGGAAGGGGCCUAAACCAGCCAAGAAGGGUCAGCCGGAGGGUGCAGUUUAUGACUUUGAAGACAAGAUCAACUUCUCAGUCUUCCCCUCUCUUCAGGGUGGUCCCCACAAUCACCAGAUUGGUGCUCUGGCUGUUGCACUGAAACAGGUCAUGACCCCUGGGUUCAAGGCUUACGCCAAACAAGUCAAGGCAAAUGCAGUUGCCCUUGGAAACUACUUGAUGAGCAAGGGAUACAAGCUAGUCACUGGAGGAACUGAGAACCACCUUGUCCUUUGGGAUCUUCGACCUCUUGGAUUGACUGGCAACAAAGUUGAAAAACUGUGUGACCUUUGCAACAUCACUGUAAACAAAAAUGCUGUAUUUGGUGACAGCAGCGCUUUGGCUCCUGGAGGUGUAAGAAUUGGUACCCCGGCCAUGACAUCAAGAGGUUUGGUCGAGACGGACUUUGAGCAAAUUGGAGAAUUCCUCCACCGUGCUGUAACCAUCACUUUGAGCGUCCAGAAGGAACAUGGAAAGCUCUUGAAGGACUUUAACAAGGGUCUGGUGAACAACAAGGACAUUGAGGCCCUCAAGGCUGAUGUUGAAAAGUUUGCUUCCUCCUUUGACAUGCCUGGUUUCCUCAUGUCCGAAAUGAAGUACAAGAAUUAGAUGUAAUAAUUUCACAUUUUUUAAGCUCCUCAAUCAUUGAAAAUUUACUUUACUGUCCGCUGGAAAAAAAAAAGGGCUACUUCAUUCUCUCUUUGUUUUUUUUUCUUUUUUCGGUCUUAUAGGUUAGCUAUGAAAUUUUCAUGGAAUUUGAAGUUUACUGUUGGUGCUCAUGUUUUGUUAUUUGGGUAGGAUGUUUCAUCCUCUCAAUUCUGAAUGUAUUACCUCCUGUUGUCUUUUUUAUA